AAGCCACGUAUUAUAUUAUUGCAUCAUACAUGUAUGUAUGUAUUAUACAACACAAGCCACAUCGGCCAUCAGCUCUACCUUUCACCGACGAAUAGAUAGGUAGCAUCAUUAUGUGAAUUAACGGGGCAUCGCACAUUGAAUUGAACAAGUUGAUAGCUUCGCAACAACGCGACAAAAACUUUGAACUGCUCAACACUAAAAUAAUAAAUUAUGCCUUAUUACUGAAACUCAACUUCCCGAAACCUUCACGAUGACCGAUCUCACUCCUAUUUUCAAUGGCUUCCUCAAGCAGCACGAAGCUUCAACUACGAGACGAAGCUUCAGCUUCGACAGUCUGGAUGAUUUUCUAAAGGAGGCUUACAGAAUAAAUUCCCAUAUAGCCUCGCUUCAUGCCGACCUUAGAAACAUACGACAAUCGUAUCUUUCGACUGCCCAACCGCGAAAGACGCUGAUUCGGUCGGCGCAUUCAGACAAACAACCGCGACCGCUUUCGGAUCGAGAGCGCGAGGAGAUAGAUGCAAAUGCCAAGAAAAUGUUGCGGGAGCUCAAUGCGAGCAUACGCCGUCUCGCGGACGUCGAGCAAGCGCGGUCGGAAAUCGAGUCUAGGAUAAUCCAGAAGAAGUUUGCCCGCGGUCUAGGUGCACUAGGAGCGUGGGCGGCAGGCGGCGGAUCAAUUAGCAAGUCGCCCGAACAUGUCGAAGCCGAAGAGCGCGUUAAGACCAUUAGCAACCACCGGGACAGCGUGCUGUGGCUUUUACGGCACCGACUUCAAGAAUGCGUCAAGACACAACAAGAUAUGAUGGAGAUACGGUUGAUGAGGGAAAUGGAGAAGAGUAGAAGCGUAUUAGCCAAGUCACGGAAACAUCUUGUUUCCACGGGCGCGUUGGCGAGCGCACAAGAGGCGGGUAAUACUGAGGAAUCAAAAAGGAGACCAAGUCAAGCAUUGCCACCCGAAGAGACACCGGCGUAUAUCCCGACAGGAGAUUUAACUGCGGAGCAAAUACAGAUGUUCGAGAAGGAUAACCAAGAUAUGCUCAAACAUUACGAAAGCACGUUGGAUCAAGUUAGGACUGCGGAAAAGUCACUGCUUGAGAUAUCAGAGCUCCAAACACAGCUAAUCGACACGCUGACAACGCAGUCAGCGGGUAUCGAACAAUUAGUAGCCGAUUCGGAAAAGACAACGGAGAAUAUAGGAGGAGCCAACAGACAAUUAGGGCAAGCGGCGAAGAAAGCGAGUCCAGCCAAGUACACAUUUUUCGCAACAUGCGGUUUAUGCGCAUUUUUGAUCGUGUGGGACUUAGUUAUAUGAAACAGGUACCAGCCUUAUACGCGGGUAUUUGUGAGAUGAAGAAGAAGAAAAAAAGCAUGUGAAGAGGCUGAAGCUGAAGGUCACAUCGGAAAUCACAUGCUGAAUUGUACUUAUAGUCAACGACAACAACAUCCCUCCGGCAGACUAUUCUUUGUGAAUAACUCCAAGAUUCUCGGCACGAUGUAGAUAAUGUACAUAAACGAUGUAAUAAAGCUAUCAAGCUAAUAAAGUUACUAUAGGCGCGCACGCAAGCAGGAAAAUAAAAAGGUCAAUAGGUCAAUAGUUUGAUGGUAAGUCUCAGAUGGGAAGCUGGAAGAGUUAAAGAGUAGAUCCCAUGCCAAGCGUACAUGAAAAAGGAUUCGGUCUACUUGAACCAAACUCCGUAUUAACCGUGGGCGAUGGGUCCGGUGACCUCUGGUCCUUAACCGAUGACGACAAUACUCAUAAGUUUACCGUGUAAGUUACAUAGCUUAGUUGCGGAUACG